AUGCAACUGGAACCUCCUAAACUCAAGGAAUUAGCUGGUCGAGUAGUGCGAUUGAAAAUGUCGCGUUUGCCAAUCAAGGAAGUAUUGCCGAGAGAACUCCUUUCGUACCUCAACUCGGCUAAUCAAUGCGUUAACCCGAAAUGUAAAGGCGUUUAUUUUGAAGCAUGUGUCGAACACGUAAAAUUUGUGGAUUUCUGCGGGAAAUAUCGCGUGCCGUUGUUGCAAUUCUUAUGUUCGCCAAAAUGCUCAGCAGCUACCCCAGCUUAUGUGUCAUCCGAUAGUUCAUCGGAUAGCGACGAUGACAUGCCGAGAAAUAUGAAGAUGAAGAAGAUUAUGCUGGGCUAG